UGUUGAAUCAUGUAGCAAAGGCUAAAGAGUUUUACAGCGAUCUUCGACGACUACACUUAGAAUUGUGUGUCAAAUAAAUGGAUUUUCAUAUACAAUGAAGUUAUUAAUUAUCUUCAUCUACAUGCCUUUGGUUUACUCAGAGUUACACAGAUUUUUGACCACUUACACCAGAAUAAGCAGUCAGAGGUUUACAGAAAUCCCAGAGUUUACUGCUGUAACGACGCUGGAUGGAGAAGAGAUCGAUUAUUAUGACAGUAUCAUAAAGGAUCUGAUUCCCAGACAGGACUGGAUGAAGGAGUUUGCAUCUACACCCACGUGGAAGGAAUACACUGAGAUCAGAGAAAAACUACAGCAGAUCUACAAAAUCAGCAAUUAUGUUCAAAUGGAGCGAUUCACUCAGUCAGAUGGUGUUCAUACGUAUCAGAGGAUGCAUGGCUGUGAAUAUGAUGAUGAGACUGGAGACUUACAAGGGUUUGAUUGGUACGGUUAUGAUGGAGAGGAUUUCAUCUCACUGGACCUGAAGGAGAACAGAUACAUCGCACAUGUACCACAGGCAAUACCCACAGUGAUGAAGUGGAAUAAUGACACAGCACAGCUUAUAUCUCUGAAACAAUACUACAAUCUUGAGUGUGUUUACUGGCUGAGGGAGUUCUUGCAUCUGUCUAAAGCUACUUUUAAGAAAACAGAGCUUCCUGAAGUGUCUCUGCUGCAGAAGAACCCAGACUAUUAUGUGGAGUGUCACGUCACAGGCUUUCUCUUCAGAGACACAAACAUUUCAUGGAGGAAGAAUGGACAAGCUAUGAGCGAUUCUGUGGAAUUGGAGUCUAGAGACACACUACCAAAUGAGGACGGGACCUUCCAGAGGACUGUUGCCCUGUAUGUCCGUCCAGACGAAUGGAAGAAGGACCGGUACACCUGUGUGAUCGAGCACAAGAGUUUGGCUGAGCCGAUCCAGAAGACUCUGACUGAGGAUCACAUCAAGACGAACGAACCUGCAUCAGAUUCUUCAAAUAUCAAGUAUCUGGCUCUAAUCAUCAUCCCAGUUAUUGUUGGACUGAUUGGACUGUGUGAACGUUUGAACCUCUGGAAGAAACUGAAAGCUUACAGCAAGAAGAUGAUGACCCCUUACAAGCCAGACCAUCCACCGACUCAGAACCCUCUUCUCUCCAAUCCCUCUAAUGAAAGUUCAUCAAAUGUUCGUCCCCUCCGGAAGUCAGUGAUCUGUGAGUCAGCGGCUCAUCAUGAUUCCUCCACAGAGAUGAACAUGAUCACUGACCAGAACCUUCACAGUUUCUCGCCGGUGGACGGAUCUUCCCAACCCUUCCUGACAACUGAUUCCUCUUAUAAAGUCCAAGAAACAUCUAAAGACCUUUAAAGACUCUUUACCUACAUCCUUAAAAUAAUCUUUUUCCACUUUUAAUCUUUGCAUUUUAGCAUUUCUUUUAGAAUGAAUCACUUGAUCUGCUUUUCCACGGUCGGGUCAAGCCGUUCUCUUUGCUGAACCGCUCCAGUUCAUGAUAUGGCCUCAUUUUCCACUGUGGGACUGAUACGGGAUCAGUGUUUGUCUUGGUAACACUAGAGUUUACAGAAGUGAAGAGAGGAUGAUCAGAUGUUUCUUGUUCAUCUACAGAGAAACUGGAAGCCAGGCAAAAGACAGGUGACCAAUCCUGAGUGGCGACGUCACUUCACAUAUACUUCCAACGGUUUCCUACUCGUUCGUACGUUCGUAAUCGUGCCAAACCAAUCCAAGUGGAAAUACAACCGUAAGCAUUUCUUUCCGUUUUUACAACCGUUCAGCCCGUGAUACAAACGACUUUUGUUGUUUUCCCCAAUUUUCCUUUGAAUUUUGCUAAAUGAGAAAAAUUGUUAAUAUUUAAUUAAUGAUAUAUAUAUAUAUAUUAUAUGAACUAAAAUUCCCAUUAUUUAGAAAACAAAGUCCUACAAAUUUUUACCAAAACCAAUUAUUUUUUAGGACUGUCAACAGAUUAAAAUAAUUCAUAUUAUCUGCAAAAAAAAAAAAAAAAGUAAGUACCAUUUUUUAUCAGAGAGCGCUUUCUCAAUCAGAUGUUUAUACACAUAUUUUAUAUCUGUAAGUACUAUAUAUGUGCCUUGUUUCCUGUGGAAAUAUAUGUAUAUAUUUCUUUGUUUGUUUUGGAGUCCAUGAUCAAUUUAAGUUUCCUCAGUCUGAUGAUUUCUCAUUGAAAAGAUCUCGUUUCAUCCUGUUUGUACAUUUUUUUAUCUCUCUUGCCUUAUUUUGUGAUUAUAUUAAAUAAUAAACUCCUACUGUUCUCAUUGA